AUGCAAAUCCGUUAUUUUAGGCGUCGUGCACUGAGAAUAUCUGAUGGCAUCGAACAUAUGGGCAGUAUUCGUUGGGAAUUAGCCGGCACGUUGUUACUGGUGUGGAUUUUGUGUUACUUCUGCAUUUGGAAGGGAGUCAAAUGGACGGGCAAAGUUGUUUACUUUACAGCACUUUUUCCUUAUGUCUUGCUUACUAUACUUCUUAUUCGAGGCAUAACACUGCCUGGAGCUUUCGAAGGCAUAAAAUUCUACGUCAUACCACACUUUUCAAAGCUAACCGAAUCAGAAGUAUGGAUCGAUGCAGUGACUCAAAUUUUCUUUUCUUAUGGACUAGGUCUUGGAACAUUAGUUGCACUGGGAAGUUAUAAUAAGUUUACAAACAACGUCUACAAAGACGCUUUGAUUGUUUGUACAGUCAACUCGAGCACAAGCAUGUUUGCAGGAUUUGUGAUAUUCUCAGUUGUGGGUUUCAUGGCGCACGAACAACAGAGGCCGGUAGCGGAAGUAGCUGCAUCUGGACCAGGACUAGCAUUUUUAGUGUAUCCUUCUGCCGUACUACAGCUGCCUGGAUCACCAUUAUGGUCCUGUUUAUUUUUCUUUAUGCUACUUCUCAUUGGACUCGAUUCGCAGUUCUGUACCAUGGAAGGUUUCAUUACUGCCAUUAUUGACGAAUGGCCACAAUUGUUGCGCAAGCGUAAAGAAAUAUUUAUUGCCGUGGUCUGUUUACUCAGUUAUCUAGUGGGACUUACUUGUAUAUCCCAGGGAGGUAUGUACAUAUUCCAAAUAUUGGACUCGUAUGCAGUAAGUGGAUUCUGUUUACUAUGGCUCAUAUUUUUCGAAUGUAUAUCCAUAUCGUGGUGUUACGGAGUUGAUCGUUUUUACGAUGGUAUCAAAGAUAUGAUCGGUUACUAUCCCAUCGUGUGGUGGAAGUUUUGUUGGUGUGUUACAACUCCUCUUAUCUGUUUGGGAGUGUUCUUUUUUAACAUCAUACAAUGGAAACCAAUUAAAUAUUUGGAUUACAAUUAUCCAUGGUGGGCACACGCGUUCGGUUGGUUCACGGCGUUGUCGUCGAUGCUUUACAUACCAGCCUACAUGUUUUGGUUGUGGAAGCGAACACCUGGCGAUGCAGGCGAGAAAAUCCGUGCGAUUGUGCGAAUAGACGAAGAUGUUACACACCUCAGAGAAAAAAUGCAGCAGGAAGCAGCUAAAAAAGUUGAGCUCUAUACACUGUAGAAAAAAUAAAUCAGAAUAGAAAAUUAUACUUCAUACACUAGCAUUAUCAUAAACUAAAGUAAUAAUUUCACUCAUUCAUGCACAAACCCUCUAUGUAAUUAUUGUAACUACAUACAUACAUAUCUGCUUCACUUUAGCAAAGAUUUACGUAGGUGUUAGGUACAGUAUAUAUGUAUAUGAUCCAAAUAUUUGAUUCACAUAGUACUCGAUUUUUGCUUAUUAAGGGUUUUCUAUAUAAAAUUACAACAAACUCUUCUUAUUAAUGUAAGGCUUUUUUUUAUUAAAUAUUCUCUGUAGAUUUAAAUUAAAUACAAAUAUACGGGCAUAUGGGGUAAGGCAUCAAGUGUACUUGUGUAGAAUAUUUAUUAUUCAUUGCAAAAGAACCAUGAUGAAAUUUUGUUUUAUCAAUUACAUAACAUAAAAAGUUCAAACAAGACGUUUCUAGAUCUUUGUGAAGCGAUUUGUCAUGAAAGUAAACACCUAAAAGGCAGAGAACUUUUUGGGAGCAGUAACUUCAACUGAUUGUCGUCAAAUUUAUAUACCCUAAAAAUUUAAAAAAGAACCUUAAAAAAACUUAUAACAAGCUACCAAGUAAAUUUGUAUAUUCUUAUGAUUUCUAGAAAUUUGAGUUCGACAUUAAAUUUCGCGUAAUGAUCAGCAAUUACCGCAACACUAAAUAUGUUACCAUAUAAAAAUGUUAUAUAAAUCUUUUUAUGCGUGACUUAGCAAUUUUUUCUUCAGGAACGGAUAAAAAUCGAGUUUUUUCAUGAAUGAAAAAGUGGGCAUGUUCUAAAAUUCCCAAAACACUUUUAUACGAUUACAUAUAUAUAUACAGGCAUAUUUGCCUUUCUUGUUAUGCAAAAAAACAAAACCAUAGUUUUUCUUUCACGGAUUAUGAUAAUUCUUUUUUAAUGUUAAUUAAUUAAUUAAAAUUAAUUAAUGUUAGUCUAAUAGAUAGUUUUAUAGUUUUAUUCUUUUCCUAAAGAACAAUAUAUAUUUUCUUAUAUUUUUUCGUUUAACCAUUGGGCAUUGAUUAUUUAAUUUUUUUUCUUCAAGCGUAAUAAUCAUUUCUUAAUUUUUUUAUAAUGCAUUCACAAAAAGUGAAGGUUUUUUUUUUAGUGGAGAUUAUUUCGGGCGAAAAUUAAAAAUUAUUAUACUAUUUCCGACCAACAAUUAAAAAAAUAAUCUGCACUACAAUUAAACUUUAGCACCGUCGUGAUGGCCAUUGAAUAUAUUAUGUUACCGCGAGUUACGUUAUUAGGGAGUGUUACGUAAUAUAAAACACCAUUUUUAGAAUCCGGAACAAAUGGUUCAAAUGAGACUUUUACUGAUCCAUAGAGCAAUUUUCUCAGAAGACUAUAACCUACUCGGUUAAGGUUAAAAUAAAUUAGGGAAAUAAAAUCUACAGGGAUAUUAGACCAAACUAUUAAAUGUUGAGACUUUUUUCAGCAUAUAUUUCACCUGCUCCACUUAGGUGAUUAUGAGUUUAUGAGAUAAGUAGUAUAACUAUUCGUUUGAGUUGAAAUCUCACGUACUUGCCCUUCAAAUAAAGGGGAAAAUAAACAGGUGUAAUGAUUGCUAGGUAUCCAUUUUUGGAAAAAUUAUACUUACCUGGAGGCUAAGGAAAAAUAGAAUUUAUUAGCUUGCAAGGAUGUAACAAGAGGUACUGGAGGUAAUUGUUUGCCUCUAACCAAUGUAGGAUUUUGACUAGGCCUUCACAGGCAAUUUGGUCCUUUCAAUGCUAAUCAGGUAUUCUAAACUUCUAGUUUCGAUUUUUUUACGCUGAAUCGGCCUCGAUCAUAUUACUUAUGUAUAUAUCUAUAUAGUACAAUAUAAUACAAUAUGAAGUUUUGAAACAUUCGCAGAUUUAUCUACUAUUUAUUCAAAACCUAAAAGUCAAAAAUUUUACAUGCAUAAAAUGAAAGCUUUUAAAACAAAAAAAUAGCUAAGCUGUUUCCAUUUUAAUUAGAAGCAGAGCAAACUUUAAAGGAAAAAAGCAAUUUUGACCUAUUGAACCUAUUGAAGCUAUUUUAACAGAAGCAACGUGCGUCGGGUAUGGCUAGUAUUCUCAUCAAAAAUAUAUGUAUAACAAUUAUUUGCUACAAAGUUAUGUGUAAAAAUUGAUUUCAGUUGUUAAGUUACUUUAAGUAAACAAAAACUAAAUAAUAUAAGCUACAGACCCAGACAAACUUAGUUGUUAUGCUAAAAAAGUAUUAUAAACAACGAAAUCACGUUUCUUGAGGAAAAGUAUAAAAUUGCUUAAUUUUUUUGGAAUAAAUAAUAUCAAUAACAACAAUAUUUUUGAGCGAAAAAUUUAAAUCAAAAGCUCUUGAAUAAAAAAUAUUGACAAUUAUGAUUUUUUGAUAAUCGAAGCACUAUUUUAUGUCUUGACCGAGAAGUAAACAUAAAUUUAUUUUUGAGGAAAUACAUAAAAAUGGGGAAAUAAUUAAUAUUAAUGUUUAAAAAUCAAAACAAAGUAAAACAUUGAUUAAUUAUAAUUAAUAAUUAUUUAUUAAAAAAAAAUUUAAAAACUAAUUGUUUUGAGAAAAAUAUUUACAAGAUCAACUAUUAAUAAUUAUUUUUGGACAAAAAAGUAUGAAAUAAUCAAUAUUAUUGGUUAAAUAGUUUUUAGCAUAUCCUAUCGUCUACUUUCGAUUAUUACUAUUUAAGUUUUAAAUACUACCAUUCUUGUCUGGUUUUAAAUUCCAUGCUAGUUAAGAACGUUUGAAGCUUGUGUAGUCGUUUUUCAUGUAUUUAGGUCUAUUGCGGUAAAUAUUUAAGUCUAAAAUCUUAAAAAUCAAUAGAAUAGGUAACUAUUCCGUUUUUCUCAAGAAACAUACAUUUUGCGUUGUAUAUCCAUUUUUUACACUUUUGAUGUAUUCAGUUUGAGCAGAUUUAGUUUUACUUUGAUGUAUGUUGUCUCAUCUGUUUAAAUGUGUUAGUAGCUUAGGUCUAUAUGCAAUGUGUAUUUGAAAGAGCAUUAGAAAAUGCAUAAGAAAUUUGUACAAUAUAUCAAAUCAUACGAGGUAUGUUUCCAAAGAUAAUCCUUAAAGAACGACAAUCCUUAUCAAACUAAUUUUGUAUAGAAAUGAAUGAAUGGCAAUACACAAAAAGUGAUAAUCGCAACGUACGUUUUAUAUUUUCAAAUUUAGUUAAGGUAUGUAUGUAUAAUUUUUACUUUAAUAUUUGCUGAACAAAAAGAGUCAAUUUGAGCUUAGAUUAUUUAUUGGUUUUUGUAAUAGCUGGUUUCGUAUAUUACUUUAAAUUACUUGCCAAUCUGAUAUACAAAUCUUAUAAUGAAAUUAUAUUUGGUUGAUUUCCACUUGCUACGUUUCUUUUACCAAUUUCUUUUUGAAUGAGAAAAUGCAAUACUUAAUUAUACAACUUAAAACUUUUUUUAAUUCUGAUUUAUUUUAGCAACGUCCGAACCUUAUAACUAUUCCGCAAGUAUGUAUGUAAUUAUGUUUUUAGUUAUACACGCCAUUAUUGCCUGUCUGUUAUUUAAUGUAUCAUUUAAAAACAAAAAUUAUAAUAAAUAAUUUGCUGAUGCCUUCUUAGAACUUAAAUGUUAUUUUUAGUUAAAUGAAAGUUAUUAUUUUCAUGGUGUAAUUUCAAAUCAUAAGCUGUUUAGUUCAUAAGCACUAAAAUUUGUAAAUUUUCGUCACUUAUUCAGUAAAUUG